AUGGCUCUGGCUCAUCCCAAACAGGACAUGGCCAGCAGGCUCAGCAGCAAACCGGAUGAACCGUUGAAAAGCCCCACGCAUAAGCAUAAAGUUGCUGGAGCCCACUGGUAUGCAACUUUGAACCGCGAACCCUUCGCAAUCAGGGAGACAAAGAAGAACUCCACGCCCAUUACGACGCCGAUCCCCGAAAUAGUGGAGGCCCGUGAUUCGCUUUUAUGCAGCUACGAGCAUCUCCUCGCGUUCCAGCAGUCUGGAAACAAGACUUAUCUCGAGUAUCGUCAAUCUUUGCACAUCAUCGUCAUCGGUGUAAAACCCUACUGUGCUUUCCACGAUCCUAGCAGUUUUCUCUUCGUUGAAACACCAAUUUACAACCCGGCCCCGGGGCUCACAAAGGCCACGCACGACUCGGAUUGUGAAGAUUGGCGGGGCCCCUCGGCCGAGAACGAGUCAACGACACCCUCCAUGGCCCCCGUACGAGUACGGAAUCAUAUGCUUUCUCCAUAUGUCGUCUCUCGGGUCCAUCCUUUGACAAACACGUUGUCGCUUCGUCCAGGGAGCCGAAAGACCCGAUGGUGCCCCAUUGCUGUCCUCAUCCUAGCUCUGUUCUUCCUCCCAGGCUCCUCCACAGCGCUAGACCCCCAGAGAAUCGCGGGACCUAUUCGCUUCCUGGGUUCUCCGUUUCAGCAUCUAAUUGUCGAUAAUUUGGUCCCUGCAGAAAUUCUUAGCGUGAAGGAGGAACGAGAGGCGAGUCUGGACCUUGGCGACGAAAGCAACGCUUGA